AUACGACACAAUACAACGCAACACAACGCGACACAACUCAAGCGGCCUGCUGGGGCUUGUUGCUGUUGCUGCUGCCGCUGGCGGGGAGCUUGCAGAUGUGUUGUGCGUUUUGCUGUACGCUGCAAGCGAUUCUGGAGUGCGGUUUGUUCGUUCCAGGAUGUCGUUAGGCGAGCCAUCUUGCCCGUGAAACGCAAACGGUCGCCUUUUGUACCAUUGCUUGCUGUUCUGACUGCGCUUGUAAACCCUCUUUCGUUGCGGUUACGCUAACGCUAACGCUAACGCUAACGCUACGACAACAUACGAAGUAGAUUAUACAGGCCGUCCAUGACAUGGUAUCCCGAUUUGAAUCUGGCUACGUACGGAUGAAUGACUUCACGAUGUCUGCGCUUUCACGGGAAGAACAGAUGUCUCUCUCCAAUCAUUCAGGAGAAAUGCAAGAAGAAGAAGAAGAAGUGUUUGCAGCCAACGGAGAAAUUAUGGAUAAUGGGAGAGAGGAGAAUGAGGCGAGCAAGUACAUGGAGGUAACUCAAGAAGUUGUCAAGAGGAAACGAGGCCGGCCACCAAAAUUGGGUCGCUCUGGAGCAGCACCGGUCCCUGUCAGAUCUCCAAGUGUAGGCCCUGAUGGCAUGAUUCAGAAGCGGAAACGAGGUCGACCACCGAAGUCAGCCCGCACUGGGCCUGGGCCAAACACUGUCAGAUCCACCAGUGUAGGCCCGGACGGUGUGAUCCAGAAAAGAGGACGAGGGAGGCCGAGGAAGAUCGUGAAAGAAGCUAUGGACGGCAGUAUGCAGGGGCUGCAAGAUUUAUAUCAACAGCAGAGCUUGUGACCAUCACUGCUUUGGGAUGAUGAUGACGACUUAGGCCAAUACAACACUACUGUCUUCACCCGAAUGGUGUCCAGCCAUCAUAGC